GAAGGCAGCAUGAGCUAUCCUCUUUGCCAAACCCCUUUUUACGCCUGUGGAGAGCUGGGCGCUGAGCGCAUCACCGAACCAUUCCCACCACUACGUACCGGCUACAUGUGGGGGAAGAAACCUGCUGAGUGAAACCAGGCAGAGGAAAGAAACAAAACUAAGCAUUAGGCUACUUUUUACCGCAUGGAAUAACUGCACAGAUUUUUUUUUUUUCCACCAAGGCGUUAGGUGUGUAAACUAGUGAAAGUUGGAUGCCUGAGAGGAAAUUUGCAAGUCUGGACUGAACGACAAUGGAAUUUGUGAUCUCGUAACCUCGAGAAAUAACGUUAUCUGUCUCGGCUAAUUUGUCUGCGUUUACAAGCACCGGUUGAGGACAAAUUGGUUACUCAAAAUGAAAGCAGUGAAAACGUGUUUGCUGCGCAGUAACGAAGAGUAAACCAGCGUUUUGAGCAACUGAUUGAAGAGUUGUACACGGGACAAGGUUUGGUCAAAUCCUCAUGGGAGCCAUGGAAGGAUUGGAAAUAGCAGGAAAAGAUCACUGAACUUCCACAGGUUGUGUCCAGAAGGAUGUGUUUUUAAACCCAAGCUGCUGGGAGGUCAAGAGGUGACAUGCCUCUGUAAAACACCACUGGAAACAAAUGCUCUGCUGCCAUGCCUCCGGGGAUGGUGCGUCGUCUUUCAGUGUUAGCAGUCCAAACGCUGCUCUCUCUCCUGCUGCUAGCUGUCAGCUGGCCCUUCACCUCAUUACCUGAUGGUGUUGUCCAAGGAUCAGACUCCUCCCCCUCCAGUCUUUAUCCCACCUUUGUCCAGAAUGACACUCUGUUUGAGCACUUGGCCCUGCAUCCCAACACCAGUGUGGGUCGUGUCUACGUUGGGGCCCGAGAUCACCUGUUCCAGUUGGAUAGAUUCCUCCAACUUGAACUCCAGGAUGACACUGGACCUGUCACAGACAGCCGGGAGUGCUUACCUCCCGUAACUGAGAGCAACUGCCCUCAGGCUAGGGUCACCAGCAACCACAACAAGCUACUGCUGGUCGACCCUUACUCCAUGGAACUUAUUACCUGCGGGAGCGUCAAUCAAGGGAUCUGCCAGAAACGUAGUCUGGAUUCUGUGGAUGUGGUACUUUUCUCUACAGAGAGGCCGGUGGAUACUCAAUACGUAGCAGCUAACCACCCCAAUGUUAGCACCGUGGGACUUGUGGUUCGCUCUCAUCCUGACCGGCAGCCGGUACUGUUUGUGGGGCGGGGUUACACCAGCAGCCAUCCACCUAUUUCCACACGAAACCUUGCCCAGGAACCUGUCUUUUCUUACGAGGAGACUGCCAAGUUGGCUGUUGCUGGUCGUCUCUCGGAAUACGACCAUCAUUUUGUAGCAUCAUUCGCCCAUCAUCAGCAUGUAUACUUCCUCUUCUACAGACGGGACCUAAAGUCACAGUCACGCGAGUACCGCACCUACGUCUCUCGUGUUUGUUUGGAUGACCAGGCCUAUUACUCCUAUGUGGAAGUACCCUUGACAUGUCAUUCCAGGGCAGGAAAAAUUUACAACCUCUUGCAAGCUGUCCAGCUUGGGCUCACCAAGGACGGUGUAGUGAGUCAAGGCUCAGAAAUUCUUGGCGUCUUCUCCACUCGUUUGGCAUCAUCAACUCGGCCCAGUGAGGACUCGGCGCUCUGCAUGUUUAACCUCGAAGAUGUGGACCGCAGGAUUAACUCCACCAGAGACGUAUGCUACACACAGAUGGGUAAAGAAGCAGGAGUGGAGGCAGCCUACAUCGAGUACGAAGUCAAAUCCAACUGUGCCAACCUGCCAGAGAACACUCUGGACGCCUACCCCUGCGGCUCUGACCACACCCCCAGCCCGAUGGCCAGCAGGAUGGCCGUAGAAGCAGAGACCAUAUUGGACAGCCCGUCCGCUCGUCUCACUGCUGUGGCCGUCAGCGUGCGGGCGGGACAUACCAUUGCCUUCCUGGGAGACUCCAAAGGGAACCUGCACAAGGUGUUCCUGGGGCCAAAUGGCGAGGUGGAGGAGUACUCUGUCAUCUCCAUUCAGCAGAACACAGCUAUCAGUUCAGACCUCAUCCUGGACCAGAAAGAGGAGCAUCUCUUCAUCAUGACCCAUAACAUGCUGCAGAAGAGGCCGGUGGCUGAAUGCCAGCAGCACCCAGAUUGCCACUCCUGCCUGCUGGCCCACGACCCCUACUGUGGCUGGUGUGUCCUGGAGGGAAGGUGUGUGUUACAGUCAGAGUGUGCUCGUGGGAACCAGCCAGGUCAGUGGCUGUGGAGCUUUGACAUGGAGACGCAGUGUCUGGCUGUCCAGGACCUCAGCCCCUCCAACGUCAGCAGGGAGGAGAGCAGGAUGGUGUCUCUGUCAGUCCCAGGACUUCCAGUGUUAGAGAAAGACGAGUCCUACUCCUGCUUCUUCCAGGACAGCCACUGUCCUGCCACUGUCACAGAAACCGGGGUCACCUGCCAUUCUCCGGACACCAGCCGAGUGCCCAUGGUGCCUCCGGGACAGGACUUUGUCACAGUCACCCUGUCUCUUCGCUUUGGCAAUGUCGCAGUCACAGAGAGGGAUUUCACCUUCUACGACUGUACAGCAGUUAAGCAGCUAUCUGGCAGCAUGCCUUGCCGUGGUUGUGUUUUGAGCCGAUGGGGCUGUAACUGGUGUGUUCACCAGCACUUGUGUACCCACAAGCCCACCUGUGAGGAGGGGGUGAUCAUCUACAACCAACAUUUUAAACUCCCCACCUCAGCUCCUCCCACAACCAAACCUUUUAAAGUCAUCACAACACCCACUACCACAACAGCUGCCCUGACAACCACCACCAUAACAACAACAACAACAACAACAACAACAACUAUUGCUACAACAACAACCACAACCCCUGUCACUGUAGCAACCACUCAGGAGCCAACCACCCCUCCUGCACCCACUAUUUCACCCACGACCACCACCAGCCCUGAGCCAACCACAUCACUCACUACCCUGCCCCCUCAGCCUGCCAGCACCCUGCCACACACCACACCAGCACCCACUACACCUCUACCCCCAGAGGUGACCACCAGGAAGGAAGAAGAGACUGAAGCAGGAGAGCUUGUUGUUGUCACCCAAAGUGACACAGAAAGCGCUGCAGUUACAACCAGUGUCGUCAUGGUAGCCGCAGAGUUGGUGCCCGUCACAAUGGCUGAUGGUCUAAGUGGAGAUCUGGACCCUGUGAUGCCUUUGAUCAUCCCGCCCAAUGACCCGGACUCCUUUCCCCUGGAGGUGGUGACGGAGUUGCCCCCCAGCAACACCCAGGAAGCUGAGGGAGCUUUGAGCCUGGCAGAGCCUCCCACCCCGGUCUCAUCUGAUUUCCUCCUGCCCACGCCCUUCCCUCUGGGCGAAGCAGCGGACUCUGAGACCUCUCUCUACCAGGACCUGACCCAGACUCCCACCCCGAUGCCCACACAAGACUCCCAGACUGUGGCAGGAAGCCCAGGCACCGACCCUGAGGUGCUUCUCUGGCCAAAGGAAGAAGUAGACCAUGCUGAGAGUGCCAUCCAGUCAGAAAAUGACACAGCCACAUUUUCAGCUGCCACUGUGUUGUCAGGUGACGGUGAGGUCGAUCAUGUCCCCCCAUCCUACCCCCACCUGCUGGAUACUGACUCAGAGCUGGACUACCAGUAUGACCCAGCUGACGCCUUCCUCCCGGGGGACGAGGGCUCCUAUGUCAGCUGGGGUUCCUCAGCUUGUCCCUGUGUGGAGAAGGUCCAAGGUUCAUCACUGCUCCCUGUCAGAGAGGAGAGGAAGAUCACCUUACUGGCCCACAACCUGCACCUCUAUCAGGACACAGAGCUGGAGUAUGAGUGUGUGUUGGUCAUCGAGGGGCAGACGGUGGUGGUAGACGCUUACGUAGAGACUGAUGACAUGAAUCCAUCAAACUUUGACAUCACCUGUCAACUACACCAGUACACAUAUUCUGCUCCAGUGGAGGAAUACAAUGCCAUGGUGUAUGUGAAGAGAAGGGACACCUUCCAUGUGGACAGCUCUCCUGAUCUAUAUGUGACUCUGUACAACUGCUCUGUGGGCCGCUCUGACUGCAGCCGCUGCCAUACGGCUGACCAGAAGUAUGGUUGUGUGUGGUGUGGUGGCGCUCAUGCCAGCUGCUUGUAUUCAGACUCCUGCAGUGAACCCGUACAGCAGACGUGCCCUGCCCCUGUCAUCCACUCUAUUGAGCCACUCUCUGGUUCAUUGGAAGGCGGCACCAUGGUUACCAUCUCAGGCUCCAACCUGGGCCAGAAGGCUGAAGACAUCCUCCACUCUGUGUCAGUAGCUGGGGUGGCCUGCACCGUCAUCCCCAGCCUCUACGAGGUCUCUUCCAGGAUUGUGUGCAGGACCAAAGCCAGUGGAGGAGAGAAGGAGGGCCAUGUGUCUGUUAAAGUGAGCGGAGGAGAGUUUGGCUUGUCCACCCAGACAUUCAGCUACCAGGACCCAUUUGUGAUGGGGGUGUAUCCUGAAAGGGGGCCCAAAGCCGGAGGAACGUCCCUGACGAUCACUGGCCGAAACCUGCUGACAGGACGUCCCUCAGACCUCACCAUCACUGUGGGAGGGGUGCCCUGUAACAUUGUGUCAGAGGUGCAGAGGUCCAGUGUUCAGUGUGUGACAGGCAGCAGUAAUAAGACAGGAGAUCACCAGGUCACCCUGCAUUACGGCAACAGCCAGCGCCACCUCCACACUUCAGCCUACUGCUACACCCACAACCCCAAUAUCACCCACGCUACACCAACAAAGAGCUUUCUGGCUGGUGGUCGGCUGAUCUAUGUGUCGGGCCACAAUCUGGAUGUGGUGCAGGAGCCCCGAAUGGUGGUUACCGUCUCUCCCUUUGAGUCAGUCACCGCGAAUAAAAGGAGGAAGCGAAGGAGAAGGAAGAGGAGGAGUGGAGAGCAAGGAGAGGACCAGGAUAAGACUCUGGGAAUGCCAGCGAGGAUAGUGCCUGACCCUAUCUGUCCUAGAGACCCACUCUGUUCUGUCAAGCAGUUCAUGGAGCGCUGUGAGGUAAACUCCUCUUCCCUGAUCCUGUGCCGCUCUCCUAUGGUGGACUCCUCUAUCCUGGAGUCAAAGGUCACUGUGGAGUUUCUGCUGGACAACCUGCGCUUUGGCUUCGGCAGUCUCAACCCUCAGACCUUCAGCUACGAGCCCAACCCCAUCCUACGGCCCCUGAACCAGCAGGACCCUCUGAAGGCCUACCGCUACAACCCUGGCAGCUUCAUCCAGCUGGAGGGGGAAAACCUGGACCUGGCCAUCACUAAGGACGAGGUGGUAGUGUUGGUCGGGGAGGGUGUGUGUGCUCUUAAGACCCUGACCAGAAACCAUCUGUACUGCGAGCCGCCACCUCAGCAGCCUGCACCAGGACCCAAUGGCAAGAAACGUGAGGGCUCCGACAAUCUGCCUGAAUUCACAGUCCAAAUGGGCAACCUGAACUUCUCCCUGGGUAAGGUUCAGUAUGACAACCUCAGCCUGUCCACUUUCCCCCUGGAAGCUCAGAUUGGAGUUGGGGUCGGGGCGUCCAUAGUAGCCCUCAUCGUCCUUAUCAUUGUGCUCAUUUACAGGAGAAAGAGUAAGCAGGCUCUGAGAGACUACAAGAAGGUCCAGAUCCAACUGGAGAACCUGGAAACCAGCGUGAGAGACCGCUGCAAGAAAGAGUUCACAGACCUGAUGACAGAGAUGAUGGACAUGUCCAGCGACCUGGUGGGCUCUGGCAUCCCCUUUCUUGACUACCGGAUGUACGCUGAGCGCAUUUUCUUCCCUGGCCACCGGGAAUCUCCGCUGAGGCGAGACCUGGACGUUCAGGAGUGUCGGCGGCAGACGGUGGAGCAGGGCUUGGUGCAGCUGUCCAACCUGCUCAACAGUAAACUUUUCCUCACCAAGUUCAUUCACACUCUGGAGAGCCAGCGGACUUUCUCUCCCAGAGACAGGGCCUACGUGGCCUCCCUGCUGACGGUGGCACUGCACGGCAAACUGGAGUAUUUCACUGACAUCCUCAAAACUCUCCUUAACGACCUGGUGGAGCAGUAUGUGGCCAAGAACCCCAAGCUGAUGCUGCGACGAACAGAAACGGUGGUGGAGAAACUGCUGACCAACUGGAUGUCCAUCUGCCUCUAUGCUUUCCUCAGGGACUCAGCGGGGGAGUCUCUCUACAUGCUGUUCAGGGCCAUAAAGCACCAGGUAGAUAAAGGACCAGUGGACGCUGUGACCGGCAAGGCCAAGUACACCCUCAAUGACAACCGCCUGCUGCGAGAGGACGUGGAGUACAAGACGCUGACUCUAAAUGUUUUGGUGCAGGGUGGAGGAGUGAACGAGACCCAGCCACUUCCCUCCAAAGUGCUGGACUGUGACACAAUCACACAGGUGAAAGAGAAACUGCUGGAUCAGGUGUACAAGGGCACCUCCUUCUCCCACCGACCCCACGCCGACUCAUUGGACCUGGAGUGGCGGUCUGGUGUUGCUGGUCAUCUCAUCCUGUCAGACGAGGACUUGACGUCUGUGGUUCAGGGCAACUGGAAACGCCUCAACACACUGCAGCACUACAAGGUCCCAGAUGGUGCAACAGUAGCACUGGUCCCUCGCCACACCAAACACAUUCACCAUGACAACCAUGACUACGUGGCGGGAGAGAAGACUCCAAUGCUGGAGGAUGCAGAUGAAGGUGGAGUGAGGCUGUGGCAUCUGGUGAAAGCCAGUGAGGAGCCUGAGCUGCCCAAACACCGCAGAGGCAGCCUGAGAGAGAGAGAGAGGGCCAAGGCCAUCCCUGAGAUCUACCUGACCCGCCUGCUGUCCAUGAAGGGGACGUUGCAGAAGUUUGUAGACGAUCUGUUCACAGUGAUCCUGAGUACCAGUCGUCCUGUCCCGCUGGCUGUCAAAUACUUCUUUGACCUGCUGGACGACCAGGCGGGACAACACGGCAUCGCUGACCCAGAGACGAUACACAUUUGGAAGACCAACAGUCUCCCUUUGCGUUUCUGGAUCAACAUUGUGAAGAACCCUCAGUUUAUCUUUGACGUCCAGGCUUCGGACCACGUGGACGCCGUGCUCUCGGUCAUCGCCCAGACCUUCAUGGACUCCUGCACCAUCGCCGAGCACAAGCUGGGACGGGACUCUCCCAUCAACAAGCUGCUGUAUGCCAGAGACAUCCCCCGCUACAAACAGAUGGUAGAAAGGUACUAUGCUGACAUCAGGCAGACCAUCUCAGCCAGUGACCAGGAGAUGAACUCUGCUCUGGCUGAACUGUCCAGGAACUACUCUGGAGAGCUCAAUUACCUGGUUGCACUGCACGAGCUGUACAAGUAUAUCAACAAAUACUACGACCAGAUCAUCACGGCACUGGAAGAGGACACCACGGCCCAGAAGAUGCAGCUCGGCUACAGACUGCAGCAGAUCGCAGCUGCCGUGGAGAAUAAAGUCACCGACUUGUGACAGAGGAAACACUCGCCAGAGCCACGACGAACAGAGCGGGUUGGGAGUGGGAGGGGAAUUAAGAGACUUGCCCCCCUGCAGGCUGAACUGAAAAGCAGGAGAGCAACAGACAGACAAACAGGAAGAUAGUACCAACCUUCCUUUCAGGAGGGAGGGUUGGAGUCAAGGAGUCGUAAGCUUUAGAAGAAACUUUUUAAGAAUCAGAAGAUUCAGGUUGGCAUUGAAGUUCACAUCCCAGCACCUUCUGCCUUUUUUUGGUGUUAGCUAAGGAUGCAUCGGUGACUUUAGUCUGGGCACUCUGAGGCCCCGAGCUCUCUGUAGUAGCAGGACAACACGUGGACACCGAACAAACCUGGACAAAGAUGUGUAAAAGACACCAGUCAGGCCUGCUGUCCCUCCAUUAACUUUAUGACGAGACAUUUGGAGGAAAAACUGAGUUUUAGCUCUCAAACUUUGCAGGCUUACACAGCAGCUCUCACGUAAAGGAAACCAGCUGGUCCACAGUCAGCUGAUCUGAUUUGAAGACUUAUUAAAGGGGGAUUUUAUGUCACUGUUUUCCCUCUGGAGUGAAUUUUAUGAAGCGGUACCUCUUAUGCCUUGUGUGCUUGUCGCUGCUGUACGGUCAGAGGUUAUUUCUUUAUGUGUGUGUAUGGUGAUUUGUGUAUGGUGCGUGUGUGUGCGCACAGUUAUCCAUAUUGCCCUGGUUUUCAAUCUACAUCAUGUAUUUUCACAUUUCUGGUAUUCAAGUAUUGAAGUAAUUGAAGUAACUGGUAAUUAUAUUUUAGAUGUUUAAGUCAGUAGUAUUCAAAAAAUAGUGAACUAGAAUUUUUCUCUUAAAUGGACACAUGUUUAAGAAUGAAACCUUGGUCACAACAUUGUUUAUAACCCCCUUUACUUAAAGCUAAUUGCUGCAUCAAAUACUUUUCUUUUUUUUAAAAAAAUGUUUCUGUGAUGUUGUUGACCCAACACCAACACUACGUACAUUUCAACCAGCUUCAACUACCAGUACAGCAGCACAGCACAGAUCUGCUCUCGUGCACAUAUACAGUAACACCUGCUGCGGUCCACGCACACACGCACACACAUUUCUAGUUCAUGAUUUUCUUUCCUUUGUGUGAGAUUGAAAUCAGAACCUGCUCAUUGGAGCAUUUUAAGGUACUUAAACCCCGACUGAGUGACCGUUAACUCUUUUUGUUUCUGUGUUCUUCCUUUUAUACUUAUUCAUGUGGAUGUGUCUAUAGUGUACAAGUCACUGGAAAGAUGUUAGAGGAAAAACAAAAAUCCUUCCAUAAAGUAACUCGUAUUAAUGAAGUGGAUUCUUAGUGUGCACCGCCGUGUUAUAUUUUGCAAGUCAGUCAUAUUUCUAUUUUGUACAUUUUUUAACAUUCCUUUUAGCUUUUGAACAGUUUAUUAACAUGGUUACCUUGUUCCGCUCCAAGCCGAGGUGAUGGUACGUGUUGAAAUGUUUUGGUAUUGACAUCAUGGUUGGUAUACACUUCUUGCACAGAACCCAGGGUGACACUGCUUCAUGUGCUGAAGGUCUUAUGGCAUUUUGUUUUGUCAAGUUGAUAGAGAUUAUGUACUGAUUAUACUACUACUGGCUCAGUAGGUAUAGUUGAUCUUGUCACACUGUUCUGCUUUUGGUUGGAGCACAGAGAUCUUAUAAACACGAGCUAAUGUUUGCUUAUGUUUUUCUUAUUUAAAUGACCGACUGAGAUGGCUUCCUAGGGGCUAGAAGGGCUGGGUAUGGUUGGACAGUUGUUGAUGCCGGUCUGGUGUCAAAAUCUGUUUCCCCUUUUAAAUAGUGUUUCUCAUAGCACUGCCCUUUGUGGUCGGGGCUUAAUUUAGGUUAACGUUAAGAUUAUGGUUAGGCAUUGCAGAGAUAACUGGUUGGGUUCAGGUGUGUGCAAGGAGAAACCCAAAUCUACAGGGAAACAGACUUUGACACACCUGUACCAAUAGAUUCAGUACAUCAUUGUUUCAGUACCAAAAUAAGUUGUUCACUACCUUACUUUGCUGAAUAUAUGCACAUUUUUCAAAAAACUAAAUUCAAUAUGACACUAUGAGAAGACAAAACUGAGAACCUGACCAAAUUCAGUGCCAGCUUUGGUGCAUAACAGUCUCUCAAUACUCAAGUCAGUGCUAUAGACAGUGUAGUCUCCAAUUAAAAAGUAAAGAGAUUUGAUACCCAGCCCUAGUCAUCAGUGACCAAAAUAGAUGACAGUGAAAAGGAUUUUCUUUUCAGAACUGUCCAUGCCCCCUUUUGAAGAGUGCUGAUGUGUGUCAGUUGAGCCUAAAGUGUGUUAUUCCCAGUUCCAGGCUCAGAAUGUCAGAAUGUAGUCCGUAGGUUUAUCACUACAUUGCUUAACACACACAAGCAACUAAAGACUCAUAUGAACAGAUGGUUUGUUUUGUCCUACACUGUCAGUUCCGAUGGGGGUGAAAGCUCAGUGACGAUAAAGACAAGCCAACUGAGGGAAAAACUGUAACUGUUGUUAGGCUGUAUAAAUUUGGCAAUGUAGAGCAGGCUCUGCAAGGAGCGGUUUUAAGGAUGUUUCUUAUUUUGUGUGUUAACAUCAUCGUGCAUACUGAUUUAAAAUGUAACUGUAGUGAUUUAACCUGUUUAUAAUAAGAGAAGUAACUUCUCGCAGAUUGUGAUGUAAUAAAGUAUUCUUAAAAUGA